CACCACCGCCAGUAGUGUUUGCGGAGCUGGGGGUAACAAUGCAGCGCUGAUUCGGGCCGAUUAGACUCCCAGUGUAGCCCACAGGAGGUGGAAGAGCGCGGGUUUGAAGAUUCGGUGUGCCAGUCGUGCCACAUGCCGCCUGCGCCAGUGAUCUGUGGCUGGUGUUGAGGGGUUUAGGAUCGGAUCCGCCGCCGCAGCUGCAGAGCCCCGCGCAGACGCGUCGCUCCGGACUGGAGAUUGGAUUAAAGGCAUGCUAGAUGGCCCGUAAUCCAUCAGACAGAAGCUGGCCUGAGGGCACGCCAUAGCCCCCAUUAUGGCUUCAUACUGAACAGAAGCAUGGCUUUGGGAAACCGAAUACCACAUAGGAAAAUGUACACAAUCCAUGUCCUCAGCUGGCAUUGCAGCAAGGGAAACUAUGUUCUUGCCACUGUUCAAGGCCUCUUCUGUACCCUGGGAUAGUUCUGGAGUACGCUUACAUAACACCGAGUAAAACUGCAUUAUGAUUGGACUGUAUGAUCUUGAAAAUGAAGUUUCCAUUUUUUUUAAAACCUCAGUGAAGUUGGUGACCUGCAUUUUUUUUUUUUUUUUUUUUAAAGAUAUUAAGUAGGAGAUGAUCUGUUUUGUGUUGACCUGUGCUUACACAAUGCAGGCGAGAUUGCAUUAUGGCUGCUGAAUCCCCCCACAAACUUCAUAUACCUGUUUGGUGUGGUGGAGAGUGACAUUUGUACGAUGCAGCGAAACGGAGGUGUUGCAGGGAACGGCAGCCAGUCAUGGGUGCUUCGGCGGGUACGACUGACCUGGCUCAGUUUCAUGCUCUUCUUCAUCUUGGUUUUCUUCCCACUCAUUGCACAUUACUACCUCACCACAAUUGAUGAGACAAGUGGGCCAGACAGACGCAUCUUCGGCCCGAGACCUGGCGGCGAACUUUGUGAAGCGAAGCAUGUACAGGACUUGUGUCGAAUACGGGAAUCGGUGAGUGAAGAGCUGCUUCAGCUGGAAGCCAAGCGGCAGGAACUCAAUGGCGAGAUUGCCCGUCUCAACCUGCGUAUCGAAGCCUGUAAGCGUAGUAUUGACAGUGCCAAACAGGACUUGCUACAACUCAAAAAUGUCAUCAGCCAGACAGAACACUCUUAUAAGGAACUCAUGGCACAGAACCAGCCCAAAUUAUCUUUGCCAGUCAGAUUGUUACCAGACAAAGACGAUCCAGGACUGCCUCCUCCAAGGUCUGUACAGUCUUGUCGCUUGCAUACUUGUUUUGAUUACGCCAGGUGUCCCCUUACGUCUGGGUUCCCAGUGUAUGUGUAUGACACAGGGUCAUAUCCUUGGGGUGAGAAUAUUGACCCACUGGUCAAACAAGCCUUUGCAUCAUCUGUUAAGAGCAAUGUUUAUGUUACAGAAAAUCCGAGUAUCGCAUGUCUUUAUGUGGUGCUUGUUGGAGAGGUACAUGAUUCCUCACCCCCUCCCUCUCCCUUGGAUCUGGAAAAGCAGCUAAAGGCUUUGCCAUACUGGAGGUCAGAUGGCCAUAAUCACCUGCUGGUCCACCUGUCCAGAAAAUCCUUGACUCAGAAUUUCUUGUACAACGUAAGCACAGGCCGAGCAGCUAUAGCACAGUCUACCUUUUUGGAACGACAGUACAGAGAAGGUUUUGAUCUGGUGCUGUCUCCCCUCGUUCAUGCUCUCUCUGAGCCUAACUUUCUGGAGGUGCCUCCUCAGGUCCCAGUGAAGAGGAAGUAUCUCUUCACCUUCCAGGGUGAAAAAGUGGAGUCUCUGAGGAGCAGUUUGCUGGAAGCACCACCACAGUCCUUUGAGGAAGAAAUGGAGGGAGAUCCACCUGCCGAUUACGAUGAUCGCAUCAUUGGCACCCUUAAAGCUGUGCAAGAUAGUCAUCUAGACCAAGUACUAGUGGAAUUCACCUGCAAGAACAGACCAAAACCCAGCCUGCCAACUGAAUGGGCCUUGUGUGGGGAGCGGGAAGAUCGCUUAGAGGUACUAAAGACAUCUACGUUUGCCUUGGUGAUUUCUCCAGGUGAUGGACAACUUGUGGCAUCUGCUGGAUGUAACAUGCGCCUGUUUGAGGCCCUGGAGGUUGGGGCAAUCCCUGUGGUACUUGGCGACCACUCAAAGUUGCCUUAUCACCAGCUCAUACGUUGGAGUGAAGCAGCUAUCAUGGUACCCAAGCCUCGCAUAACAGAGUUGCACUUUCUUUUGAGAAGCCUCUCUGACAGUGACUUACUGGCCAUGCGACGGCAGGGUCGAUUCCUUUGGGAGACCUAUUUUUCCACUUCGGAGAGUAUGUUCAACACCAUUCUUGCUAGUGUCCGAACUAGCAUUCAGAUACCAGCAGCCCCUAUAAAAGAGGAACCUGCCCAGGAGAUUCCACACAAAGCUGGGAAGAUGGCAGGAACGGAUGCCAAUUUGGCUGACAAUGGUGAUCUGGAUCUUGGUCCAGUAGAAACGGAGCCCCCUUAUGCUUCACCCAGAUUUUUGCGAAAUUUCACAUAUACUGUGUCAGAUGUCUACCGAACCUGGAAUCAUGCUCCCGGACCUUUCCAUCUCUUCCCCCACACUCCUUUGGACCCAGUUCUUCCUUCUGAGGCAAAGUUCCUAGGCUCAGGAACUGGCUUCCGCCCAAUUGGUGGAGGCUCUGGAGGCUCUGGAAAGGAGUUUCAGGCUGCACUUGGAGGUAACGUCCCACGAGAGCAGUUUACGGUGGUCAUGCUGACAUAUGAGCGAGAGGAGGUGCUUAUGAACUCCCUGGAGAGGCUGAAUGGCCUUCCCUAUCUUAACAAGGUGGUAGUAGUCUGGAAUUCCCCCAAACCACCCUCGGAUGAUCUCCUCUGGCCAGACAUCGGGCUGCCCAUUGUGGUGGUGCAGACGGAGAAGAACAGCUUGAACAAUCGUUUCCUUCCCUGGGACGCAGUGGAAACGGAAGCCAUCCUGUCCAUCGAUGACGACGCCCAUCUUCGACAUGACGAAAUCAUGUUUGGCUUCAGGGUGUGGCGUGAGGCCAGGGAUCGUAUCGUGGGUUUUCCAGGGAGGUUUCAUGCCUGGGAUGUAAACCACCAGUCCUGGCUCUACAACUCCAACUACUCCUGUGAACUCUCCAUGGUGCUGACAGGCGCCGCCUUCUUCCACAAGUACUACGCGUACCUGUAUUCAUACGUGAUGCCCCAGGCCAUUCGAGACAUGGUGGACGAAUAUGUUAACUGUGAGGACAUUGCCAUGAACUUCCUGGUGUCACAUAUCACACGCAAACCCCCCAUUAAGGUGACGUCUCGCUGGACCUUCCGCUGUCCCGGCUGCCCACAGGCCCUCUCUCAUGACGACUCGCACUUCCACGAGCGCCACAAAUGCAUCAACUUCUUCGUGAAGGUGUACGGAUACAUGCCGCUGCUCUACACGCAGUUCCGUGUGGACUCUGUGCUGUUUAAGACGCGACUUCCACACGAUAAGACUAAGUGCUUCAAGUUCAUUUAGCCGCCCAGCACAAACGCGGAAAGAGAGCAGACUGGGACUGAAAAUAUAAACCUGGGCAUCUCGUAGCCAGCAGGACAUUUCAUGACGGACUGGAGAAUUUUACCUGACACUUGACCGGCUUCAAGCUGAGGGAGAACUGCUGAACUCUUACUAUUAAAAAAGCCUUUUAUUUUACUUUAGUCGUGUGUGACCCAUCAGCAACCACUACUGGUCUCAUUUGCACCACUUUCUGAAAAAACAAACUGAACGGCGUGGGAGAAGAGGACACUUUAACGGAUCUCAAAUGGAGCAUUUGAGCUUUAGAACUGACAGACUGACUGGACAUACGGUCAAAGGAAAAAAACUCUGGGCAGAUGGUCACCGCUCCUCUUGAGAGAGAUUUCUCAGAGAAUUGUGGGAGAACAGGGGAGCAAAGGCGUUCUUGUGUCGUUGCACUCUUUAUUUUUAGCUCAUUUUGCAUUUAUAUAUAUUAUAUAUAUAUAUUCUCUUGUAUAUGGAAGCACUGAUGGUCACAGAAGUUUUAUUUGUGUGUUUUGUGUGUGAGAGAAAUAGAGAAUGUGAGCUACAUGUCAAGUAGGGCUACACGAUAUGGUCACCACAUUAGCAUCGCGAUUAUAGUCUUGCGUAUUUCGGUUCCGAUACUCUCAGUGAUGUCGUGGACAGAGAACAGCACUGUUCUUGAGUAAAAUUAGGAAUACGCUUGGGAAGAAUUACUUUAGUGCUGUAGGUGUGUAUAGUGAAAGGAGAAGUAUGUCUGUGUUUGUACUUGAUUAAAAAAAAAAAUUCACUUUUAAAAGUACUCAAAUAUCCAAAGUAACAUUUCUGAGAUACUGCAGUUAUUGUGUUAUUGUAUUUCUAUGAUCACACUCUAUUAAGGAGACGUGGUUGCUGACAUGAACCAUCUCCUUAAUAGAUCAUCAUCACAAUAACAUAAUGGCAGUUUUUUAAAGAAAGUGUGUCUGUUCCUUUACUCGGUUGCAAAUGUGAAAACAUGACACUUCUUCCGUUACUCUAGUGAUAUUUUACCAUUUUGGUAUUUUUUUUACUCAAGUACAAAAGUACUGUCCAUUGUCCACCCUGCUAAUUCACGCUGAUGAAUCAAUAACGUGCUUUGUUAAAGACCAGCCUGCAUUCGUUUCACCAAAACACCCACAGAAAUUCGUCUGGAAGUGUGAUUGGUUCACAAGCGCGCACAGUAAUAAAAUGUAUAUUUUAAAUUACAUAAAAAAUACAUUGUCUAGUUUAAAUCACCAAACUUCACUGACUAGAUAGAUCCAAAAUAGCCCUCUCAGCCCAGCCAUCAUCGUUAUUCAGCAGGGCGGGCGAUAAUGACUUUCUGACCGCUUUGUCCGCUCUGUAAUGAUGAUCAUUAGGCUGGGAAAGGCUCCAGCAGCCCGUGUAAAUUGAAGUACUGAGACACUCUGGCCUUAACACUCUGUUCAUAAAGCUUGAGAGGAACACGGUAAAUGUAAACCAUUACUGAAAGGAGCAGUUCAGUCCAUAAGGCUGGCAGCAGUGAAUGAAACCGAAUAGCAUGGAAUACCAUUAACAUCACAGUGACGUCAUGCCGAUUGGAGGUUGCCUGUUUUUUUGUUUAGCGUUAACAGCGUUAGGGGGUGUGGUUAGGCCGAUGAUGGGAUGUUGGGUGGGUGUGCCGGACCCCUGUUUGACCGUUGGAAGUCUUAAUGUGAGCUCUGCUUCAUACCACUGACAUAACCACAGUGUAUCACUGCUGUUGGAACAAAACCUUGUAUCUCCGUUUUGGUCUUUUUCUGACAUCAUUUGAAAAUACGCAUUGCCUUUUAGGUUGUGUCAAAAUUUCAUGAUGAGGGGACCAAAAGACAGGGCACAGAUUUACUUGGGGGGGAAAAAGUCUGGUUCCAUUGACUUCCAUUAAAAGUAAAGUAUGUUUUUCUUUCUUUGUCCUGUGAAGUUUAACACGCUGGACAUACAAGGUUUUGUUCCAACAGCAGCUAUAAACAUGUGGCAGAUGCCGUCAUGUGUGGUGUCAUUAUAGCUUAUGAUGUCCACCAGGCUUAGAUCACAAGCUAAGUGGACUCCAGGCAGCUGUCUUGAGAGGAGCUCAACGCUGUUAUAGCAGUUAAUAUAUGGCUGUGUCAGUAUUUUGUAGCAGAGUUCAUGUUAAGUGCUGUCCUCUUUACAUUCGCUCUGGUGCGUUUUUACUUGUCCGUUCUUUUUGCGAACAUUCUGAGGGCAGCGUUUCGAACGCACGGUCGCGUGCAAAAGUUUUGGCACCCCGGCCAAACGAUUUUCUGAGUGAAAACAAGUGAACACGUCCUCUACAGGGAAGACACGUCUGCAUUUUAAUCUACAGCGAGUGUAUACUAUACAUAAAUAAUAUGUGUUAACUUAUUUUUACUUAGAAAAUUAAGACAUGGAAAAGUGACCAGUGGUUGGUUAGUGUAGUGGGUAACACCUCUGCCUUCUAUGCUGUAGACUGAGGUUCAGUCCCCUGCAUGGACAAGCACCCUACACUACACCAAUAAGUCAUUGGGUCCUUGGGCAAGACUCCUAACACUACCUUUGCCUACCUGUGUAAAAUGAUCAAAUUGUAAGUCGCUCUGGGUAAGAUGCGUCAGCCAGAUGCCGAAAAUGUAAAUGACCAGAGGCAUUUGAACUUUUUUCUCAUAUGACUGGCCUUCAGAGGGUGGGUGAACACAUUUGAUUGACAUGCACAAUUGGCAUCUUUCAUGGGCGCUCGGCACAACAGUUUAACGUCUCUUUAGCCCCGGGUUAAAUAGGCGGUUUUAGAAGCACACUGCGCAGGCUAGAGGAGCGCUUGUUCCUCGCAGUGGUUUGUUGCUCCUUGAAAAAAAGGCCAGAAACAUACUCAACAUAAGUACGCCAACACAAAUACCACCUAGCCUUGUGUUCUUACGCGUCUGCUAGGUUAAAAUACUCCGAACUACAACGGGAUACAAGACAAAUCGGAGCGCUUGUGAACAGAAUCUACUGUUACACUAAUAGAAACAACAGCUAGACAUGUAGAUAGUAGAGAAUCAGUGUGGCGCACCUUCCUGCAGCGCUCCGAAUGCAUGAAACUAGGACACGAUCGUGAAAUUUUAGCUUGCAGUUAAUUGACAUAAAUAAGUGCGAUGAACAGCUUUUUGCCUUUUUUUGAAAGAGCUCAAAUAAACGGACGUUACUCACUGCUGCCCUCUAAAGGUGUUAUUAACAAAUGUCAAAUGGGGUUAGUAAAUAACUCCUUUAAAUAACAGCAAAUAAACACAUUUCACAGGAGAUAUGCGAACAUAUAUAACGCAUAACAUAAAGGUACACGUAAUAUGUGAGAGGCCAAUUCAAAUCAUUCACCCUCGUAAAUUGGCGUAAAGUUUGUUUCAGGCCUAGAAAGUGGGCACUUAGAGUGAGAGUUAACACAUUUGAUUGACAAAAACAACAGCGAUUUAAGAGGAUGUGAAAGUAGAGGUGGGCAGCAUGGCAAAAAUAUCAUAUCACCAUACUUUGACGUUUUCAUGAUGCACAAUUUUCAUGAUGCAUCACAAUAUUGUUUUUCUGAGAUUUAAUAAGCUGAUAGAACCCGUAGCGCUGCACAUAGAAAUAAGUCAAACUACAACUUAACGCCAGUGAUUUUUUUCAAACUGUUUUAUUCCAACAUGAAUAGAAAACCCCCCUACCCCACCCCCACCCCCGCGACCCUGAGGGAGAAGCGGCCUGGAAAAUGAAUGAAUGAAUGAAUGAAUGAAUGAAUAGAAAACUCUUUUUGUAGAGGUCUCUGUGCGGAAUGUGGUACAGCUCCCAGUCAUAACAAUGGAAUCGUUCACAGUGGAGGUGAUAGGAACCCGACGGCCUCCUCUAAAAGCUCCCUCACACAAAGUUAUUACAUGAAAUCGUUAUGAAUGCAAUGCCUGAAACACUGUUGAAAACCAAAACUAGCUUUCCAUGUUGGUUGGAGCGAAGAGGCGUCCUCAGUGCUGAAACAUGACCACCCUGAGAAGACCAGACCAACGAGGUCCAUCCACAGCAACGUGAAGUGAGCUUGAGAGAGUUUGAAAAGGAGUUGCCUGAACGCUGCCUUAGCGUGUGGGCGGAGCUAUCUCAUUAACAUAUUAACAUAAAUGCUAAUGUUCAGGGUGUGUGGAGUUUGUUCAUAAGCGAGUCUGAGGUUGAGAUUUUUCCUAAAGCAGCAUGAUGGGAGAGUCUCAACACUUUUGAAGGUCCUCAGAAUUUUUUUUUUGUUUUGUUUUUUUUUUAACAGAAAGUUGAACCUGUAAAAAUGAAACUGUGGUUCUUUAAGGGUCCUUCAUCUGUCGUCCGAUGUAUUUUUAUGCUUUGGUCAGAUGUUACGUGGUGUGAGAGCCUCUGUUGUCCAGUUAGCACAACUUAUACUGAACAUUAGACUGCAGAUUGUAACUCAUUGGAAGCAUUUAGGCACAACCUCUAACCUGCUGUCUUUAAAAUAAAAUAAAAAAGGUACUUUUUUUUUCUUUUUUUUUAAUUUCGCCCUUGAUUGAACUGAGAAAAAUGCCUCCCUGUAACGUUAAACAUUUUUUUUUGCCUAACAGCCCUAAAACAUUGGAGGUCCAAAAGUGCAAAGUUUCUUCAUUGUAAGUCCAUUAGUCCUUUUUUUAAAUUAUAUAUGCUUUCUCUGUUUCAGAUUGGAUGGACUAUAAGAUUAACGAUCAUGUUUGCCUUUUUAUGGAGACUUUUUUACCUGCCCACCGUUGACUCAGACUGUGUAUGUAUAAAUUUGUUGAGUUCGAGUUUAACUGUUAUGUUAUUAUUAUAAUUAUUCUUAUUUUUUUCCUCACCGCUGUUCAUUAUUGCCACUAGUGCAUGGAGUUUAGGUGCGAGGCACUGAAGCAGAAGCACAGAAACCUCUAACUGACAGACUGUACCAUUAGUGUGACCCUCUUUAACACUAAUAAAGCAGCCCGUGCCAUGGUCUCCGUAA